AUGUCUUCCCCAUCCGUGCCUAACAAUGAUGCUACCAGUUCGAGUCAAAUAUCUCAAGCUCCUUCACCAUCACCAACAAUUAUCAACCCAAUUCAUGAUCCGAAAGCUCUGUUCAAAUACCCAACGUAUGAGGACUAUUUGGAUGAAAAGAUAAAUACUAAGGACUUGUUUUAUUUGGAAAAUCAAGAUCUUGCCAGAGCAAUUAUUGAAAAUGAAUAUAAGAGAUACAAUAUCUUAUCUAGGGAUAAUUUUGAAGAACAAAAGAAAAAGUACAUGUUGAGCCUAACCAACAAAACGCCAAAUAUGACCACAAACCUAAUUUCAAAUUCUGACCCAGGAAAAACAGAUAAGUUGUGCUCUUUCGGAAAAGACCUUAGAAACUAUCCUCUCUUGAAUGAACUUGCGAAAAGAGAGGCUAAGGUUAGAAGUGGUAGAUUGAAUACUAUUAUUUUCAUCAGAGAUUACGAUAAAAAAGGAAAUGAAGUGAGUGGAUAUAUCGAUUAUGGACACCGUCUCAAGAAUGAAGAUUUUGAAGAAUAUUUCAGUCUAAAAAAGAGGCUCAUGCCAAAAACCUCUGACUUGAGCUAUUACAAUUGGAAGACUCAAACGGUUUCCUACAAUAAUAGUUCAACAUUUCAAGUAAUCGCCAACAGUGAAAAUGGAUUGUUUUUCAGACAUAGAAGAGACAGAAAGGUCAUUAGUGUCGAUCCAAAAAGUAAUAUUGGUGAUAACAGUGAAAGAAGAGUAAUCAAAACAGAUGAAUAUUUGCAAGUGGUACUUUACGAGCAUAGACCAAGAAGAAAGAAUUAAUGAUUUUGUACAUAGUUCCUUAAUGCUAAAAACUCCUUUGAAAAGACUUCUGGAACGUUUGCUUCUUCGUAUUCUGAGUUGCUUGUUGAUGUCGAAGAUUUCAUAUUUCUUACAACAUCCUCUCGUUGUUGUUGAUUUAAAUCUGGUGCAUAUCUAAUUUGUUCGGUGGACAUUGUAUUUUCAGGUUGACCAUAACAUGAUUUUGUAAAAUCUUGAAUAGAAUAUGGAAAAUCAUAAUAAUUAUAUCCUAUUUCUUCCUCUUCUUCUGCCUCAUUUUCGCUUUCAUAUUCUUCUCGUUGUUGUUUUUGCUCUUCUGCUUCCUGUUGAUGACGAUAUAAGGCAUCAAAGUGUUUCUUCAUCACAGAUUCCUCAAUUUGUAAUUUGUGAAUAUGUUCUGAUAAUUUUUUGUGUAGGCUAUUUAAAUAAUUACUUUCUCUUUCCAAUUCUGUUAAAAUAAAUACAUGUUGUCCAUAAAUAUUUAACUUGUCAUAGAAAUCGUGUGGUAAUAUAUUGCUGUAAACUUUGGGAGUAGUUGCUUUUUUCACUUUCUUUUUUGGUUUUUCCUUUGUUGGUUCAUGAAUAAUUUCCGAAAUAUUUGUUGCUGCACUAGUAUCAACAGUUUCUUUUCUCUUUCUUUUGGCUUUGGAGUUGGUUGAUGUAAUAGAAGGGUUUGUGCUUGUUGAUGCAAAUUCCGAUGUAGCAAGAUCGCUC